UAUUAGCUGUUCUAGUUGUGACACUAUUCUCACAUAUGCUUUGUUUUACAAAACUAUUACUUCGGUGUUGACUAAGUUGUCUUGGUAAAGCUUGUUUUUAAUUUACAAAAAAGUUCGCCGAGAGGAAUGGCGCAAAAUUCCCCAUUUCCAGGUAAACCCGAAGCGUGGAAAGAAUUGACUAAGAGGGGAAAACCUGGAGUAAAGAUAGCAUGGAACUUGAAACAAACCGUUCCUCCUGUUGAGGUAGUCUCGUAUAGGAUACUCUACAAAGUGGCGGGGAGCAAAGGAAAAUGGAAAGAGAAAUCCAUUACUGUUGAAGAUGGAGCGGAAAACACCUUAUUUGAGACGGUUAUCACAUUAAAGCCAGGGACCUACGUAUUUGCGAUUGUGGUGGUCUUUGAAGAUGAUGAAAUAAGUGAAAUGAGUGGAGAGAGUGACGAGUUUGCAUUUGAUGGGAAAGAAGAAUCUGAAAACAUCAAAGUAUCACUGAAGUCUACUAUCCUGGGUAAUGCGCGGAAGGUGCAAGAAGGCGACGGAAAUACAUGCCCAUCUGUCUAUCAAAUCGAAUUACAACCUACCUUUAUAAGUCCAGACAAAGGGAUACGUAAAUACGAUAUUGGUAAAAAUCAAUGCACCGACCAGUACUUGAGGGAAAAGGUAAUCUUGAUUGUUGGUGCUACUGGAGCCGGUAAAAGCACAUUGAUUAAUGUUAUGGUAAACUACCUGUAUGGUUUCGACCUUGAUGAUGGGAAACUAUUGAGGCUCAUAGAUGAAAAGGGGGAUGCAAAUCAGGCAGAGAGUCAGACAAAGGCCAUAACAGCGUACACAAUUCACAGUCAGGAUGGACUAAAGGUUGCAAACACCAUAAUCACCAUAAUCGACACACCAGGUUUUGGCGACACCAGCGGCAUACAAAGAGAUGAAGAAAUUGUCAAUCAAAUUCGAGACUUUUUUACCUCCAAGGAUCCGAAGUUACUUGUCGAUCACAUUGAUUUAGUCGGGUUUGUAGCCCAAUCUUCUUUGCCCCGAUUAACACCAACGCAGAGAUAUAUUUUUGACAAGAUCCUGUCGUUAUUCGGCAAGGAUAUCGAGAAUAAAAUAACGAUGCUUCUCACGUUUGCAGAUGGUGGAACCCCAAACGUCCUAAGUGGAAUAAAAGAAUCUGGGUUUAAACAUAAUGAAUAUUUUACGUUUAACAACUCGGCUUUUUUUAUCAAGGAAGCAGACGUGACGAGGAAAACAAUAUUAGACUUUUGGGACAUGGGGGAGAAAAGUUUCAAGCGGUUUUUUGAAGCUCUGGACAGAUGCGAACCGACCAGUCUCGCAUUAACAAAGGAAACUCUUCUCGAAAGACAACAAUUGCAAUCGAACAUGGAUCAAAUGCAUAUUAAUAUCAGAGAAGGUUUGAAUAAGUUAGAGCAACUUGAAGAGGAAUUAAAAGUUGUCGAGAAUCAUGAAGAGGAUAUGAGGAAACACAAAAAUUUCACUUAUGAAACAGAGGUAGAAGAAGUGGAGAAACGUCAUGUUGGCAACCACAUCUGCACAACGUACUGUAUAACAUGCAAUCGCACAUGUCAUAACAACUGUGACUAUAAAGACAAUGAAAAGAAGAAGAAAUGUAAAGUUAUGAAUAGGGAGGGAUAUUGCACAGCUUGUCCUGGAAGAUGUUACUACCAAGUCCAUGAGCACAGGCCGUUUGUGAUGAUCAUUACAAGAAAAAAAGUAACACAUACCAUUGCUGAUCUGCAACAACGGUAUGCACGAGGAAAGAAAGGACAGGCUACUCACAUGGCAUUGAGUAAACAGAUAAAGGCAGAUUUUGAGAUUCAUCAAAAGCAGACAUUGCUGCUGAUCGAUUACAAUAGGCAAACUGUAGAAAGACUGAACGCUAUUGCUCUGAAGCCAAAUCCUACAUCAACAAUUGAUUACAUCGACACCCUUAUAGAUGCUGAAAUGGGGGAUAAAAAACCUGGCUUUCAGAAACGGGUUCAUGAGUUAAGAGAAUUGAGAAAGAAGACAGAAGAGUUAGCCGACCUAAUCAUGAAAGGAGGUGAAGAUCCAUUUUCAUCACACAGAGGUGUAUUGGGGGCACUCGAACAGAAAGAAUCGGAUGUAAAAGCAAGUGGUCGAUUCAGUAGCAUGUUUCAGACGUGUAAGAAGUGGUUAAAUAUAGGGAAGACAAAAGAAGGUAUUUCCAGAAAGUCGAAAAAACCUCAACCUGGGAAAAAGAAAAUGUGAUAGUUUCCCGUCAUCUGCUGCAAAAUCUAAUGAAAU